GUGGCCGGAGAUCAUCUUCCCCGCUUUUCGCCUACUCGCCCAUCUCUUUCUCCAUUCAGAUCUCAGGACUUAUCUCUUUCAUUCGUUCUCUGUGCGGCUGUGUCGCUUUUGAACUCCAGACGUCUUUGCCUCGCUAUCUGCUAGCAGCGUCAGCGCUGCAUCCACCAUGACACGUAACUCCCACAAAACUCCAGGCUCCCACAGUCAGCUAUAUCAAUACAACGAGCUGCCUUGCGAUGGAUCCUUCCGCUACCUUACUCUUUACCGUGGCAGUGGCGCCGACCCACUCAGAUGUAGGUUACAGACAGGGUCUGUGUUAAAAACAAAAUUCGAAGCUAUAUCGUACGUGUGGGGAAAGAGCAAAAAGAACAAGAAGAUCAUAUGCGAUGGUCGUGUUAUCAAUAUAACGACUAGCCUGUCCAACGUACUACGACGUCUUCGACUUCCUCACAGGCGGCGUAAGCUGUGGGCUGAUGGCAUCUGUAUCAAUCAGGAUGAUCUGAACGAGAAAGGUCAUCAAGUAGCGAUGAUGGGGGAGAUUUACCGUUCAGCGACUCGCGUUCUUAUCUACGUUGGAUCUGGUGAUGAUGGCCAUGGCCCGCAGGUGUGCUCUUUGCUGGAUGAUGUCAAUCGAAUGAUCGAUGAGACAUGCGAGCAUAUUGACAUGUCGUGGAAUUCCUAUCCUUAUCUCGAAAAAGAUGAUCCCAUCCUGUCGGAUACCCGAUGGAAAUCCCUCACCCACCUGAGCUGUCAGGACUGGUUCAAGCGCGGUUGGACGGUACAGGAAGCCGCCCUUGCACAGCAUGAUUUGUGGCUGGUUAGGCGCGCUUCUGAUCUACACCAUGAACUCAAUUUGGGUAUCAUGGCAUGCCACAAUGAAGCUUACAAGCAACGCAAGAAGGCUUUCGCGCGGAUCUUCUCUCAGAAGUUAAGUUGGUCAGCACCCUCCUUGUUACGUACUCUCAAUACGGCAAGGGCUUUAGAACUUUCAGAUGCCCGCGACAGAAUCUAUGCUUUCAUGGAGUUACCAGGAAGCUCCGAAAAGGUGCUCGCCAUAAAACCCAACUAUAACCUAGCCCCCCUGGAAAUCUAUCGGCAAUUCGCAAUGCAGUACGUUCGAGAGACUAAGAGUAUCGAUAUUCUAGAUUUUUUUCAAAAUCGCCCAUGUUCUGCCGAUUUUGAUGGACCUUCUUGGAUACCCCGCUGGGACGUUGCCAGAAUUCCUUUUGCGCCACGAUUCCACCAAGAUGGAGUACCACUUAGUUCACGUGACGGAUCCAUUGGUGAGCCAGAAGUCGUAGACCAUCAGACUCUAUCAGCAAGAGGUGUUGUCACUGAUAGCAUAAGAUACGCCUCAGAUGAUUUCGAAUAUGACCUCACAACGCCGCAAUCAGUGCGAGAACUGUGGACAGUCGUCGGUCCCAUGCUUGAGGACUCACCUUAUGAGUCCUCUUAUAGGCUAGAUGCCUUCCUAAAUGCUUUGUCUUUGGGCAAAUAUGACGGAGAAUGGUGGGAAUGGUGGCGGUCUAGAGCUGCGUUUAAGGCAUACCUUCAAACCGAGCACGAUGAAAGGACGCUCAAUGAGCCAUCACAUCACGAUCAUAUUUCAUCGAACAGAACCUUGGAAAUCUCAAGAAUCCAUAUGCAAGGCACCCGAUUGGUAGUCACGGUGCGUGGGUACAUCGGUCUAGCUGAUGUCGUUGUUCAGAAGGAUGACCUUUGUGGAAUCAUUUUCGGUCGCAAUAUACCUUGCGUCUUGCGUCAAGUCCCUGACAGCAAUUACUACAGUUUCAUCGGUAGUGCGUAUCUCAUGGGCAAGAAAAGCUACGAGAUAGAAGAGGGCAUUGUCGUUUUUUGCGACCCUCUAGGUCACGAAGACAGCAAGGAUUGGGUUGAGUGGGACGUCGAAGAACAAGAUAUUUACCUACUCUGAGGCUGAAAGAUCCAGUUACCUCUCUCCAGGAUCGCUAUCUUAGUCGCAGCUUUGGAACUCUUUACGAGUCAAAUGAUGACUGGGAGAAUCCUGUGUGGAGACUUGCAAAUUAUUUGGGAGGCUUGGGAUGUCGCUCAUACCUAUUCAACCUUUUCAUGUCGCUUGCGCGAUUUGACCUGUCUAC